AUGGCCAGCCGACGGAGUGAACUGUGGGCAGAAGAUGUUGUGCUGAAGGGCAGACGGAUACGUCAUACGAGGAUAAUGGACUUUGGGAAAAUACGAGCCUAUAGACGUCCAUCGUCCACUCCGCCGGUGGCCGGUAUAUGGUGUCUCGGUGACCGAUGCGGACACCCCCGGUUUAUUCUAUCACCGGCCCGGACCGGUCCGACCCGCCAGCGCCACUGGGCUAAAGCACUUAAGGGUCGGCCGAGGUCGUAUGGGAUGGCUGUACCUCAUUCAGUCGGCCGACACACGCACAAACACACACACUCCGCUGGUGCAAGUUGGGCUGCGAGACGCCGACAGAAAGUGGACUGGGCGCUGUUCGGCCGGUUUGGCAAAAUCAUCUUUUUUUUCGACAUGUCGCAUCAUUUUUGA